GGGCGUUGCCGUGGCAACCGGCGGUAGCGUCGUCUGGGCCGGCCGGGAGACUGAGGAGCCAUGGAGGAGGCGGCCCCGGUCUCCGCCUCGGAGGGCACCUUCUGCCUCCAGCAGAUGACACUAACAGAAUGCUCCGAAGAUGACUACCAGUAUGAAGAGGUACCAGCAGAUGAUGAGUUUAGCCUACAAGAAGGUGACGAAGACCUGACAAAAGCUUUACAGACGAUGGAAGAGCAGGCGAUCGAUGCCCAGAUUUUGGCUCAGCGGCCAGGCCAGAUAAUGAAGCAUCCUCUGUCUGACAUCCCUGAAGCGGUGGAUGACUUCCUCUGCAACUUUCUAGUCAGAAUGGGCAUGAACAGGACUCUCGACUGCUUUCAGACUGAAUGGUAUGAGAUGAUGCAGAGAGGUAUGCUUGAACAUAAAGACAUUGGAUUUGUUCCAGACGCAUACACCUGCAAUCAACAUUUGGAAAGGGAAAACAAAUGUUUACAGAAGGAACUGGAGAACUACCAGCUUGUGGCCAGCAAAGCUAAGGAGGCCUUGCUGAAGAUGCAGAGAGAGCGUGACUUCCAUCGGAUGCACCACAAGCGAGUGGUCCAAGAAAAGAACAGGCUGAUUAAUGAUAUUAAGCGGCUGAAAACACAUUAUGCAUCAUAUGAGCCAAUGUUACGGCAGAUGAAUGAAAAAUACGAGACUCUGUUGAGACAGAAAAUGCUAACCAGCUUGGAAAGGGACAGAGCCAUUGGGCAGGUUACUGGCUUGCAAGCCACCUUGCAGAGUUUAGAACCCGGAAGCAAUAUAAAUAUAUCGACGUCUAGAGUAGGCAACAGAUGCGAAAGAGAGGAUGGAUUAGAAGGACCUACCCAGAGAGGCCUCAGAGAAGCCAAGGAACUAAACGCUUCUUCCGGGACUAAUCUGCAAAACCCAGACAAAGAUCCAGGGAGGCCAAUGGGGAAGAGGUAUCCAAAGGAUUCUGAGUUUCCUGAAGACAUCCAGGUGAACCCUUACCUUGCUCGUGCAAAGGAGUGUGUGCGGCCCCUGAAGUCUGGCAUGUACAGGCUGAGCAACACCCUGAAAGUGCAUGACCUGGCUGUGAGCUGCUUGGCUUUGCACCCAAGGAAAGACAUUGUUGUCACGGGCAGCGAUGACCGUCUGUGGAAAAUGUGGGCCUUUCCUAAUGGCAACAUCAUCAUGAAAGGUGAAGGCCACACCGACUGGCUCUCGGGCUGCUGCUUCCACCCGAGUGGGACAAAGCUGGUCACUUCGAGUGGAGACACGACCCUCCGGAUCUGGGACUUCUCGAAGGGGGGCUGCAUCCUGACCUUUGAAGGCCACAGCUACGCUGCCUGGGACUGCUCCUGGCACACCUGCGGAGAUUUCGUGGCUUCUGCUUCCAUGGAUAAAACCAGCAAAGUCUGGGACCUGAACAGUGAGAGGUGCAGAUACACCUUGCGUGGCCACAAGGACUCUGUGAACAGCAUCGAGUUUCUUCCUUUCUCCAACAUCAUCCUCACCAGCUCUGCAGACAAGACCUUGUCUCUGUGGGAUGCCAGAACGGGGCUCUGUGCUCAGACCUUCUGCGGUCAUCUGCAUUCCUGCAAUCAUGCGACAUUCAACAUGAAGGUGAGGCAUGUGGUGGCUUGUGGGCUGGAGUGUUGAAAGCCGCUUGGGGCUUUGCAUUCGAGUCCUCCAUCCUCUUUCCUUUCCUUUCCAGGUCACAUUAUAGCUCUUGCCAGCAACGAUGGAACCGUGAAGACUCUCGAACUCAAAUCAGGGCAGCUCUCCAGCUUGGUGGGCCACGAAGAUGAAGUCCAGAGUGUCACAUUUGAUCACAAGGCGGAACAUCUGAUAUCCGGUGGUUCCGAUGGCACAGUUCGAAUCUGGAACUGAGGCGCUGAUCCACUGUGGAGUGAAAUCUCACCAAGAUGGUUCUAGCAGCCUCUUAACAAGGGAUCUGGCUUUAUAAAAAAAUUGAGUUUGCCUUCAGCAUUUGAGACAGAACAAUUAAUUGCAUGGAAUAUAACAUUUCUGUAUCGUACCUCAAUAAAAAAAAAAUUAACUU